UUGUUAUUAUUGUAAGAAUAAUUCCUCUUAUGAAAAUGGCGUCGAGUCAGGGAGGUGUGGGAGCUGUAACGGCUCUUCCAAACCAUCACUUAUCCAACGGACCUCACUGGAACCCGGGGAUCAACCAGCAUCAGCUCCACACGGCCAGGAGUUUAGACCGCGCUCUGGAGGAUGCUGUGUGCUCAGGGACGUUGAAUCUUAGCGGGAGGAAGCUGAGAGACUACCCUGGACUGUGCUAUGAUCUUACUGAUACCACGCAGGCAGAUCUGUCGAAGAACAGGCUCACAGAGAUUCCCCCAGAGGUGUGUCUGUUCGCCCCACUCGAGUCCCUCAACCUAUACCACAACUGCAUCAAAUGCAUCCCAGAAACCAUCAUCAACUUGCAAAUGCUGACCUAUCUCAACAUCAGCCGGAACCUUCUCUCAACAUUGCCAAAAUACCUGUUUAGCCUCCCCCUCAAAGUGCUGGUGGUGAGCAACAACAAGCUAGUGUCCAUCCCAGAGGAAAUUGGGAAGGCCAAAGAGCUGAUGGAGUUGGACAUCAGCUGUAAUGAGAUCCAGGUGCUGCCCCCUCAGGUGGGGAGGCUCCAGGCCUUACGGGAACUCAACAUCAGGAGGAACUGUCUUCACAUGCUGCCUGAGGAGUUGGCGGACCUGCCACUCACCAGACUAGACUUCUCCUGCAAUAAGAUCACAGAGAUCCCUCCUGUCUACAGGAGACUCAGGCAGCUGCAGCACAUCAUCCUCGACAACAACCCUAUGCAGUCCCCACCUGCACAGAUCUGCCUGAAGGGCAAGGUGCACAUCUUUAAGUACCUGAACAUCCAGGCUUGUAGGAUGGAUAAGAAGCCUGACUCUCUGGACCUCCCCUCCCUGGGCAAACGCUGCCUUCCCCAGCCUCUGACCGACAGCAUGGAGGAUUUUUACCCCAGUAAGAACCACGGUCCUGACUCUGGUAUCGGCAGUGACAACGGGGAUAAAAGACUGUCUACGACGGAGCCUUCUGACGAUGACACCAUCAGCCUGCACUCUCAGGUCUCAGAGACRGCCCGCGCCGACGCGCUCUCUCUCCUCUCCAAGAUGGACUCAGGCAAAGAUCAGGAACCCUAUGACUUCAUCGAGCCCAACCCAGAGGAGGAUGCUGCCCUGUCAGAGGGGGACGGGCAGCAGAGUGGUGGACCCUACAUCUCCUGUAUAAAGGAAUUGGAGAAGGUUCUUAACAAGUCACACCAAAGCAAAGAUAAGGAAAGCUGGAAAGAGGAGUCUGGCUCUGAUAAAGAUCAGCUAGCUGAGGAGGAGGAAGAGGAGGAGGAGGAAGAGCUGAAGGAGGUGCUGGACCUGAGGAAGAUUGCCGUCCAGCUCCUGCAGCAGGAGCAACAGAACAGACGACGGUCCUUAAUUUGUAGAGCAGAGAGUCUAAUUCAUCGAAGGAGGGUUGCUGGCCGUGCACACAGGUUCCUUAGUCACUCUGGCAGCUCCGGCAGCAAACAAAGGUCCCCCUCUCAGGCUAUCCGCAGUGCCUCUCUGGAUGAAGGGAGCAGUGGCACGGCAGUGCUGAGUGGGCAGGACCCUGACUUCACAGACGACGACGCCGCUUUCUCUGAGCCCUCCUCUUCAUGCUCCUACGAUGGCAGCCUGAAGUCCGAGUCAGACACGGAGCCAAAGUGGCCAGAGGUUCCACCUGUACUCAACCAGAACGAGGAGCGCAGGAGGAACAAGUAUCUGAGGAAAGAUUAUCUGAAGAACAAGUGCCAGAGUGCCCGACGAAACUCCAGUGGGAAUGACGAGUGUGAGGAGGUAUUGCGGAAUGCUGAUUUCAGCACCACCCUCACAGUGUUUGGCCUUAAACCAAGAUCAGCUUUUUGUCGAAGCAGCCGUCAGGAGCCGUCAGACCCCAGUUUCACCAUGAGGAGGAAGAUGGAACACCUAAAGGAGGAGAUGGAGCAGGUUGGCCUCCUACGGCAGAACCUGGAGUCCAGACUGAAGGUCUUGCUGCCGGACGAUGUGGGAGCUGCUCUGAUGGAUGGCGUUGUCUUGUGCCAUCUGGCCAAUCACAUUCGUCCUCGGUCGGUGGCCAGCAUCCAUGUACCCUCGCCCGCAGUGCCAAAGCUUAGCAUGGCCAAGUGCCGCAGGAAUGUGGAAAACUUCCUGGAUGCCUGUAAGAAGCUGGGUGUGCCACAGGACAAGCUGUGUUUGCCCCACCACAUCCUAGAGGAGCGUGGGCUGGUGAAGGUGGGCAUGACCGUCCAGGCUCUACUGGAUCUGCCAGCCUCCAAGCCCACCCAGCUGUCUGCUGUCUAACAGCAGCCUGGACACUGCCUCCACCCUCCCUGUCCAGUCCAAUCAAGCCAUUCACCCCCUCAGCCCUACACCCCACAGAGGAGGGGGCUUCCAGCCCGCUCYGCUCAUCACCAGAGAACCCUUAGGGCCGAGGGCCCGGGGGGUUGCAGGGAGUCCAUUGUCAGCUGAUUGAGCCAGGAGAAGGAGGGGUUAAUUCAGAUCCUCCCACCCUUCCUAUAUGAUGUCAGCUGGGACCCGCCUCCCAUCCAUCAGAUUGUUAGCUUCUGUCAUGUCCUACCCUCAGGGGACCCUACUGUACUGUGUGUGUGUAGMGUACCAGUGUGACUGUCUGUGUGACCUGCGCAGUGUGGACUUUAUGAGUGCUGGUGAACCUAAAGCCAGGUCAGAGGUCAGACUAAGGAGGGAAUCGCAGUGAAGAUAAAGACCUGUCUGUCACCAUGGUGAUAUUGACUGACCCAUGAUCAGACACCAUUGAACCUAGUGGUGCCAACACUGAAGUCACUGGGUUUUCAACUCUCGGUAUUAAAAUACAUUGGUAGUGAAGUGAUAGCUGUUUUAAAGGCAUGUACUCACUCUUUCACUCAGAGAACUUAACUGCAUGCUGGCCCACCAGCCAUACCACAUAACUCAAGUGGUCCUUAACCUCUUUGACUUUUCUUUGUAGAACAAAUUAGCAUUCAAAUUGGAUUUUGAGUCAUAUUUGUACAAGAGCAUUGUGUUCUAUCACAGUAUACCUCUGUUUGAUAUCACAGAGGUAAAGCUUGGGAUGUCCUUAACAGUGCUUUACCUCAGAGGAGCCAKCAGUAGCUAAACCCCAGUGCACACACUUCUUACAGUUUGCAUUUGACUAGAAUUAUUGUACUGUCAAUAACAGUGCUAUUUGGGGGAAGAAUGCUAAGUUGACUUUUAAAAGCAUGGUGUCCAUGAUUCAGAUGGAGGUUAAAACUGCAGCACAUCCGGAUAGAGACUUUCUCACCUGCACAAGGUUGCUGAUGGUGUUGGUCUCAUGUCCAGUGACCCAUCUGUCUACUGCUCUGCUGUGGUGAAGGGAGGAUGYUCUGAGGUACUGCAGGUGGUUUUGAUAGCUCACCACACUGUACAGUAUAUGAGAGAGCUAUCCCACUGUCACAGGACCUUCUGUCAAAUGCAGACAUAAAGACAUAAGACUACUGUGACUGCAUGUAGUUUUGAUUCGAAUCACAUGUUCAUUCUGAAUAGGACUAGUUGAAAGCACAGGGGUAUGUAGUUGGGAGAUUGUACCAUAUACACGUACAAUCCUGAGAUUGUAUCUUUUGGUCAUUUGAUGCAAUGAAACAUUUAAAAAAAAAAA